AGACAGUAUUUAUCGUAUCGGAGGCUAAAAGGGACACAAGAACAGGUAAUUUCCGAAUAGAAACUCCAUUAUGCCAAAGCGUUCUAAUUGCGUUCGGCUGUCACGUCGACCAAUAGGAACGCGAGAAAAAUUCGCUUCACCUGCGAAGUGGCAACUGUCUUGAAUGAACCAGCGGAGGUCAUUAAAAAAGCGAUGUUCUACAGGAACUUUAUGUAAAUUCGCCGCGCUUGCAAUACCAUAAGUGGGGUGUUUUCAAAACGAUUUCGAAACAACGAAAACACUUCUAUGGUAUAAAUUUAACGGGAAUUCAUUUCCUUUCCCGUUAAAUCUUUUACUGAUUUCUUGAUGUACUUUAUCUUCUUCAAGCCACAUUUAUGGCAAUGGCGUUCUUUCUAAUCUUUUACGCGUUGAACAAAGUGCAUCGAUUUGGCAUUGAGUUCACGCUAUUUAAUAAAGUAAUAUUAUCGAGUAUCAAAAGUGUGAAGAACGAGAAAGCCCUUUUAAGUGACGUGCUGUUUUUUUAAAUGGUUUCUCAUGAAUAUGCAUUAACGUAAUAACAUUUCUUUCGCUUUUAUCAACAAAGACAGAACGUGCGUUGAUAGGCUUCCCGUUCGCACCGAAGAUUAUUAAUUAUACUCUUUGAAAGGCUUGAGGUGAAAAAAACGGGUUAACAGAGAGCAAGAAGCCAUUAUAGCUCUUAACGAAAUCUACAUAGGACGAGAAGCGAGAAUUCGCCCAAGCUAUAGAUUGUGCUCUCACACAAAAACAUCGCAGCUGUCUUCCACUCCAAGAGAAAAACUGCACUACCUGCCCGAUAGGAUUAACGAAAACUUCUAGAAGAUCUACGAAAGAAAGAAGAUAUACAGGCCGCAAAACAAACCUUUGAAAUUACUUGUGCACGUAUCUAUGAGCGGAUUAAAACUGCGAGCGCGCCGCUGUCAGUCGACUUGGCAACAGGACGAAACACCUGUCCGAGCAGUUUUCGUUGUGCGAAGUUAAAAUCGCUGCGACCGUAACAUCGACUUGGUGCCUAGCAGCGAAUCUAGACAAGACUUUCGUCAGUCAGGUGGAUUCUGAGUAGAAACGAGAAGCACAACGCUGCUCGGUCGAAUUGAUAUAUAUUUUUCGGACCAAAAAGGAAAACUUUCCGCGGAAGCCAUGUCAACGCAGGUAAGCAACUACAAAGCAGAACCGAUGGUGUAUGUGUGCGGUGAAGCAAGCUUAAAUACACCGACAGGCAGUCCAUCGCUAAGGGAUAUAGUCAUCAAAAAUUUGGUCAAUAGCUGGGCUGUUCGAUCACACCCUAUCGUCGAUACGCUCGACCCGAGACUGGACAACAUGGAACUGUAUCAAACCAUUUCUCAUGCCAGUGUUUUUGUCUUCAUAUUCAGCAAAAAGACUCUUGAAGACAGCUAUUUCCUGAAUCAGUAUGGCAUUGCUAAGUCACACAAUAUACCAGUGGUCGGCGUGCGACUGACGAAUUACUUCUUACGGAAUCCUUUACCGGAACAAUUUUACAGAACGGAAAUCGUCGAUAAUAGUGGCGACAACAACCCAGAUGACAAGCCAAAAGCUGAAAUAACAACCUCGCUUGCCGAACACUUGAUCGCCGAUUUCAAAAGUUCCAUGGUCUAUGGGCCGGACUUUCACAAGUCCUGCAUCGAAAGACUGACUCACAAGGUAGCGAAAGCUUACAGUAAACGAGAAAACGAAAGAGCGUUUCUUGAGCGUUCGGUCGAGAACGUAGCGUACGGCUCGCCGCCGAAGGAACGUAACGAGAAACCGAACGCGCCUAAGAAAUGUCCGAAAUGCGGCUUUAACCUGACAAAUUUUUCACCGCCAAAACUGCAGCGUGCCUCCAGUACGGGCUCACUGCUUCGCAGAAGCAACACUUUUGAGCAUUUACCAUGUGGUACUCAGUCAAAUGCGAAGACACCAAUUCCUCGAAACAGAACGCCGCUGCAACCCUCGACAAUACAGAUUCCAAGCCCGCUUGCCAUUAAGCAGGCUAGAAGGGUCGAGACCCUUCACUACGGUAACUGGACAAAUAAACUUGAUAACAAGAAACUCCAAGUUGAACCAAAAAUCCAGCCACGGUCGAGCUCGGUGUUGUCGUCUUCGGAGAGCUCGCGAGAGGAGACGAAGCCACCGUCACCGAAACCGACCACAAACCCGAAGGUCUUCCGACGACAGUCCCGAAUCUCAAACGGCAGCUGGACCGAGAGGCUCCGAGGCAAACUUCGCCGGCAAUCGAGCUUGCCCGUCAUUCCGACGACUUAUCUCGUGACCACGCCGGACGGUUUCGAGAAGCAAAUUUCCCUGGUACGAUAUCCUCCAGAGAAACGGGAGCCAUCAUCGCCUCGCACAAGCGACAGCACGACGCUCUUUUCCGAAGACGAAGACCAAGAGACUAUUCACAUAUCACGUGUUCCAAGCCCUGAUGCACCGAGUGGGUAAAACUCAGUACUGGGGGUGUACCCACGGGAGGAAAUACCGUUGGGCAAAACAACGUAGGGAAUGGCCUGUUACUGUUGUUAACGCACGCAAAGGUUGAUUUUGAUUCACUGACUGUUACCGUUUCGAAAGCUGGAAUUUCCAGGAUAGAAAUACGAGAUUUUCCACUAUUGAGGGUCUCCCAGGGGUUUUGGGGAACAAGGGAACAUUAGCCAUUUUUUGGGAACAGGGGAACAAAGAUCGAAAAAUUACAAAGGGGAACCAAUAAAGAAAAUGUGUGGGAACGUGGGAACAUAGGGCAAUUUUGAAAGGGAACAAGGGAACAAAGACCCCCCUGAGAGACCCUCACUAUUCCACCGUUAGAAUGAAGGAUAUGACAUACAUGAUACAGUUUAAGUAGUGACACAGUUUUAUAGUGUACUGUCGGUUGCGUCUAAUUGUAAACACGUUCCGAAAAAAAAAUGAUGUAUUACACUCUUUUUUAUAAGAAUAUUAUUUUUCCGGCCGCGGCUGAAUAUCCUUAUUUUCCUGCCCAUUUUAGGCUGAAAAUAUUCUUGCGAAUAUUCACAAGAAUAUUUUCAGCCUAAAAUCGGCAGGAUAU